AUGGCAGACCUAAAGAUACCGCUGGCUCGCCGUUCAUCUACGAUAGGUACUUUCGUUAGCGCUCAAAAUGGCACGGUCACGGUGCCCAAUCCUUACGACUGGCUCGAAGACACCACCAGUGCCGAGACUGUUUCCUUCAUCGAGGCUCAGAAUGCCGCCUUUGCAUCGUAUCUUGACGAUGAAACACUUGGGCCCGCGAAGCAGCGCCUGGCGAGCAGUAUGGCGGCUAUGGGGAAGUUGACCAUCUUUCCAGGUGUGCCGCAGAGUCUCGGAGACGAGAAUGGGGAGUAUAUCAUCAGAACGAUGGGCCGCGGACGGGAGUUUGGCGUCUCAUAUCGGGUCGGCAAAGCGGCUCUCCUGGGAAAGUCCACUGCUACUAAUGCUCAGACCGAUCAAAACGGAAUUCAAAGCCCAAAAAUCUUCUACGAUGAAGCCACAUACAGCUCCAUUUUGACUGCUUCGUCUCUCAGUCCGAGUGGUAGUUUCUGGGCCUUCACAACCAGCGACUCUGGGUCGGACUGGGGUAUUAUUCGUGUUAAGGAUACUCACAAUGGGAAGAUCCUACCUGAUGAAGUCCGCGGUACCAAAUUUGCCAGCAAAAAUUGCAGCACCAUCCCCUGGCUCAGAGACAGGGGCUUCUUUUACACCUACUACCCUAAUGGCAGGCCACAUAGAAAUCGUGAUGUGGUGAAAGCAGUGCCACCUCAGCUCCGUUUCCAUAUCCUUGGGACAGAGCAGGCGGUGGAUGAGGUCGUGUAUGAAGAUGUAAAUCAUCCUGGGUAUUCGAUCAAGGCGAGUAUGUCGAUGGACGCAAGAACGGUGUUUCUCGAAGUGUACGAUCAAGGUAGAGGAUGCCAGAUCUGGUAUGCCAGCAUUGAUAUCGACGGAUUAAAUAAGAGUGUUGGUGCUGCUCCAAAUGAGAAUAAAAAGCUCGGUCUGAAAUUUCAUGGACUCGUGUCGGAUCGCUUUGAUACUGAGCUGGAAUACAUUGGCUCUUCUCCUGAUGAUUCAAGCGUGCACUUUUUCUGGACCACAGAGUCGAAUGGUAAGGUUGUCGCAUACAGCCCUCACGACAAAGACAAGGGUAUGCCUCUCCGCGAAAUCAUAGGCCCUCGAGAGCACGAGACUUUGAAGUUCGCACGCCUCUUAUCUGAUGGAGACAUACUGACCGUGCGCUCUGUCGAUGUUCGAGACCAAAUCCAGAUCUUCUCGUCACGGACAGGUGCGAGUCUCACGACUGUGUCAGGUGAUAAACUACCUAUGUGGACGAUCUUGGACGUGUCCUUUGAUCCCUCAACGCACACUCUAUUCUUACUUGAGUCAGCGUUCACGCAUCCGCCCCAACUGUGGUACACUCGAGUUUCUCCUUCCGUUGCAGCUACUGUAGGCGAUAGAGAAGGACGUGUAGCAACCGCUGUCGGUGACUUCAAGCUCUUGUCCCUCUUCCUCGAAGACAAAUCAUUCAACCAACACUCCUCCGUCAAAGCAGCAACGGCAACGAUAUCACCGCCACAAUCCCUCUCAACGACUCAAAUGUUCUACCACUCGACCGACUUAACCACUAUCCCCAUGUUUCUCACAUCUUUGUCACCCAGGACUUCUAAUCCCUCACCCACGCCAUACUUAGGCCCUGUGUUGCUAUACAUCUACGGCGCCUUCGGAUUAACAGUAAUACCCCACUUCCGGUCUGAUUUCAUCACAUUCCUGCGCGUGUUCCGGGGCUCCACGCUUGCGGUUGCAAACAUCCGUGGUGGUGGCGAAUACGGAACGGAGUGGCACCACGCGGCGCAGAAGCUGAGGCGGCAGCGUCUUUUCGACGAUGUUAUAUGCGCGGCGGAACAGCUCCAUCGGAACGCCAACUCCAGGUCAGGAACGGCAGUAAGGAGAAAAGUCAUCCUCAUGGGCGAAAGCAUGGGCGGCCUCAACGCCGCGAGCGUCAUGACGCAGCGCCCAGAUCUAUUCGACGCCGUGCUUCUAAACGCCGGCGUUCUGGACGUGCUGAAUCGAAAGCGCAUGGCAGGUACAGACCGCGGGGUGCAGGAGAUCGGGGACGUCAAUGAAGGCGUGGAGAGCGAUUUCAUCCGCUCAUGGACGCCACUUGAACGUAUUCUUUCCUUACCAAAAGAUGAGGCUAAAGGCGAGGUCGAGAAGAUAGUUUACCCUCCAGUCCUCCUGACCGCGGGUGAUGAAGACGACUUGGUCAAGCCAUCACACAGCCUGAAGAUGGCGGCAGCGUUGCAAUAUCAUCAGCAUCGGGACCGCGCUGCUGAUCGAGGUACACCAGCAGCAACACAUGUUAGAAUUAUCAAGAACCUCGGCCACGGGGGCAACAUCUCGGCCAAGCAAAAGGCCGUCGUAAGCGUCGAGCGGUGGCUGUGGGUGAAGAAAACUUUGGGGUUGGAGGUGGAUGUAGAUUCCAACCGGGAUUAA